AUGGCCUGGGCAAGAAACAAUCAGGAUCCCAACAACCCCUUUGCUAUCACGACUCCCACGCGUCGUCCACAACCACCACAAGCACCCGAGCCACCUCCACCUUAUUCCCCUAAUUCCUCAAUCCCCAAGAGCAACAACAACAACAACAACAGCGACACCGUCGGCCCCCCCUAUCCCACUAAUGACCUGCACAAUCCCGCUCAAGUCGAGAAUGACUCGCCCUACGCCUUCCUACGCUCCUUUGACACCAUCUUCCUGAUCGACGACUCUGGCUCCAUGGCUGGCCGCUCGUGGCGAGAGACGGCUGCUGCACUCGCUGCCAUCGCGCCCAUCUGUACGGCACACGAUCCGGACGGCAUCGAUGUCUACUUCCUGAACCAUCGCAACCCGCACACCCCCGCGGGCAGUCCAGGUGGGUACACAAACAUCACCACCACUGCGGCGGUGCAGAACCUCUUCCAAAAUGUGCGACCGUUUGGGGGCACGCCCACGGGUACGCGCCUCAACACGAUCCUCAAACCGUAUCUCUCAGAACUAGCCGAUUCGCUCGACCGCCAGGCCCGCCUCGCGCGCAACGGGACCACGGUGCCAGUGGUGAAACCACUCAAUAUCAUUGUCAUCACCGACGGCGUGCCCUCGGACGACGUCGAGAGCGUGAUCGUUAAUGCCGCUCGCAAACUCGACGCCCUGUCCGCUGAGCCUUGGCAGGUUGGCAUUCAGUUCUUCCAGGUCGGCCGCGAACCUGAAGCUCGGGACAUGCUCCGCGAACUGGACGAUGCGCUAAGCGGCGAAUACCACAUCCGCGACAUGGUUGACACGGUACCCUGGAACGGCAAGGGCGGUGGCGAGGGCCGAGAAGGUCUCACCGCGCAGGGUCUGCUAAAGGUGUGUCUAGGCAGCGUAGUCAGACGGUGGGAUCGGCGGAGUAUUUGA